AUGUUCAAGAGCGAGUGGAAACACCCCAAGACAAAGGGCAAGCUUGUGUCUAUCUACGUCGUAAAAAACGCCAAAAACCCCAGACUGAAGCUUCGAUUCCAUGGAACACAGCGCGCCUGCAUGAUCGGGAAUGGUUCUCUACAACCCUGCGACAACAUAGAAUGCUAUCUCUGUAGCAUCCUCAAAAAGGGGUUUUCAACCAAUCACGCCAAUGCUGGAUCCAUGUUCGGAGCUGGAAUUUACUCGAGUGUGGUCUCCUCCAAAGCCGACAUCUAUAGCAGAAACCACCACAUCCGGUCGCACGCGCAUGUCCUAAUUCUCUGUGGGGUUGACGCUGGCUAUUCUGUAGACAUGAAAGCUGCGGGAAAUCCAGGCCCAUGUGACUCAGUAGAAGGGCUCACUAAAGCCGAAGGUGGUCAACUCGAAUACCCAGAGACUGUUGUCUACGACCCAGCAAGAAUCAAGCCCCUCGGUCUAGUCGUAUACACCCGAGAGGGAUGGACACCACGUUAA